UAUUAAAAAAAAAUGGUUAAAGGAAUGUAGUAGAAUUAAAAGAAAGUAGAAGUUGGUGAAUGAAUGAAGAAGAUGAGAAAAGAAAAGGGUGAGACAAGUGAGUAAAUCACGCCGCUUACUAACCACAGAGUAGUGCUGCUGCUUCCUCAUAAAUUAAAUGCUUGUUCCAUCCACACGCUGCAAGCAAUUAAUCUGCAACAUUUUUCUCUGUUUUUUCUCCCGGCAAAGCGUUAAUCUCACUCAGUACUCAUUCUUCUUUCUACCACUCUGCUGCAUCUAUAUCAUAUAUCAUAUGUCUGGUAAAUCAUGUUAUCUACUUCUACUUUGCCUCUAUACAUUAAUUGCACUUCUCAUUAUCACUUCAACUGCUUCCAAAGAAUGUUUUUCCUUCAGUUUUAUCAUCCCAUCAAUGCAUCCAAAUUUUUUCUUUUCUCACUUUACCCUCUGUGUUUCACACUACCACUCAUUCAUCAUCACUUUGAUUAACAAGUUAAAAUAAAGUAAAUGUCCUACUUUAAUUAAUUCUAUAUACUAAGAUAGCAUGGUGAAAGCAUAUCCAUUUUUUUAAGACAAGGAAUCUCCCCAUUUUGAGACUUUUUCCUUUCCUUUUCUUCAAUUUAACCGGGAAUUGAGUUGGUAUGUCUCUCCCUUUAAUUCAUCAGGCCCAGCAAGCACACGUUCAGAACAAAGAAAGCUACAAGUAUAACUAAUGAAACAGAGAAAUGUGGUGACAGCCUUUUAGCAGGAUGAGGCAUUGAGCCUGAGCAUAAUCAAUAAGGUUACGUGCCGCACAUAAAUCCUAGGAAGUUUGCAGGUUUUGACAACUUUCCAGUAAUUUUAUUUUUCCCUCACUUUUAUCUUCUCUUUAAUUCCCUGCAUUUCGUACGACUAUUUAAACUCUCAAGCUCAAACCAGCAUCACAUCAAAAACAUUUACUACUACCUCCAAUACUCAAGAUAAACUCACUUUUCCUCCCUGUUCAUUAACUAGCACUCCGUUUAUACCAUGGCUUGCUUCUUUCUUCAGCUUUUUCAGGUUAAGCAGAUUGAGAGCACUUCAGAUAUCAGAAUGAAAGUUGGGUUUAAAAGUGCCAAAGCUAGAAGCUUUUGCACGGUCUCUGUUGCCUCGCUCUUUGCCAUGCUUUUAGUGAGGGAUGUGAUAAUUCACAGGGAAGGUGAGAGGGACGCAGGCAUUGCAGAGAUGUUUUUCUCCAAAGGAAACCGAACAGUAAUCACCUCACGGAAGCUGCUGCAAUCUGCUGAUGAUGGGGGCUUGAACCAUAUAGGAACGGUGUGCUCAAAGGAGGAGAUAGUGAUAUAUCAGGGGGAAGUGCCCCCUCUUCCCACGGGGAUUCCAUCGUACACAGUUCAAAUAAUGAACAUGUGCGCCAGUGAUUGCGACAUAGCAGACAUACGCCUCCACUGUGGGUGGUUCAGUUCAGCACGUUUGAUAAACCCCAAAGUGUUUCGCAGAGUGGGAUACGAUGAUUGCCUAGUCAAUGAUGGAAAACCUCUUGCCUCAGGAAAAACCGUCUCCUUUCAAUAUUCCAACACUUUUCGCUACCCUCUCUCCGUUUCAUCUGUUGUUUGCUCCUCAUGAGUAACGACCAUCGGCCACCAUGUACUUGUAACUUGGAAUACCCGUUAAACACACAUUCUAGUCUACAAGACAAGAGAAGGAUGAUUUCAUGGAGGUUUUUUACCUCCCUAAA